UAUUUGCCAGACCGUUAAGCAAGUUCGUGCCGGCUAGACUACUUUUAAGUAUAUAACUUACCGAACAACACAGGAUUUUAGUCAUCCUGAUAAUAUCGAAUCGGUCUCUCGUCUCUAUAGAAAUAAAAAAAUAUAAUUUAUAAGUUUUAUACGUAAAAACCAUCAUGGAACGAGAGAAGGUGUUUUGUUUGUUGGUCAGCAUAUUACUGACUUGUGGUGAGGCGUCCAAGAUCCUGGUGGUGUUCCCCAUGCCUUCCAGGAGUCAUGGGAACCUUGGAGAUGGUGUUGUCAGGCAUCUGCUGAAUGCUGGACAUGAGGUCACCUACAUCACACCGUUUGUUUAUAAGAAUCCUCCUCCAAAACUUCGCACAAUUGAAGUGAGUGCCACGUUUGAUAUUAUACCCGAGAAUAUGAUGACGAUAAAGAGUAUCAUGGACAGAACUAUUGUCAUAGAGAACAUUGGCUUUCUGAUAUACAUGAUGACAGAGAUGCUGAAGACCACAGUGGAAACUGAAGCGGUUCAGAAGCUGUUUAAUGACCCUAAAGAAGAAUUCGAUCUUGUGAUCGCAGAGUGGAUGUUUAGUGACGUGCCUGCUGGAAUAGCUGCAAUAUACGACUGCCCACUUAUAUGGCUGUCUUCAGUAGAAGCACACUGGAUGAUUCUCCAGCUUGUUGAUCAGCCAACGAACCCUGCUUACACAGUGGACAUCAUGUCAGCAUACACUCCACCAUUGAACUUCUGGCAGAGGGCUAAUGAAUUGUGGACUCAAAUGAAAAUCAAGUUUUUGAACUUUGUAUGGUUGGAUGGUGUACAAGAGAAAGCAUACAAUGAACUGCUGGUUCCAUUUAUUGCGAAGCGCGGCAAGCAACCACCAUCGUUCGACGAAGUUCGCUACAACGCAUCGAUGAUAUUGUCCAAUGCAUAUAUUUCUACGUCGGUUGCUCAAUCUCUCCCACAAAGCCAUAAGUAUAUUGGAGGCUAUCAUAUUGAAGAAAAAGUGACGGCUUUGCCUGAGGACUUGAAGAAAAUUAUGGACAAUGCAAAGAAUGGAGUGGUUUACUUCAGCAUGGGCUCCAAUUUGAAGAGCAAGGAUAUGCCUGAGGAGAUCAAGCGAGACCUCUUGAAAAUGUUUGGUACUAUAAAGCAGACUGUGCUGUGGAAAUUUGAGGAGCAACUGGCGAACAUGCCUUCAAAUGUCCACAUUCUUAAAUGGGCUCCACAACCAGCUAUUCUUUCCCAUCCUAAUCUUGCUGUCUUCGUAACACACGGUGGUCUCCUGUCGACAACCGAAGCUGUUCACUUCGGAGUACCGAUCAUCGGUAUUCCUGUCUUUGCUGACCAGUUUAUGAAUGUUGCCAAAUCAGUAAACAGAGGUUUCGCAUUAAAAGUAGACCUUUCUUAUUCACUGGCUGCAGAGCUUAAAGAAGCGAUACGUGAAGUUACUACUAAUCCAAGGUACGCACAAAAAGCGAAGGAGUUAUCAGAAAUCCACCACGACCGUCCAGUGAAGCCGGGAGUUGAGAUGGUGCACUGGGUGAACCACGUGAUCAAGACCCGCGGCGCGCCACACCUGCGCUCCCCCGCCCUGCACGUGCCCUUCUACCAGAAGAUGUACCUGGACCUCGCCGCGGUCCUCGUCAUCCUGUUCCUAGUUUUAAGAGUACUCUUAAAGAUAGUUUGUGGAGCAUUAUGCUCGAAAAAGAAAUCUAAUACUGGAGGAAAAAAGAAGAAGAAUUAGGAUGAUUUUAAUUUGUUUUACUGUAAAUAAAUUAUUUUAAGAAUAGAA